UCUAAGAAAGAAUCAUGACGAGCCUCUUGCUUCUCAUGGAGGUAUUCACAAGACGUUGGAAAGGGUGAGGCGAUACUACUAUUGGCCAGGGUUAGUCAACGAUGUGAAGUCGUAUACGCAAGCUUGUGAAGUUUGUAAAUCCACCAAGGCCCCAAAUAAAACUCUUCGACCUCCUAUGGGUGUGGCUCCUGUAUCAGAGCGAUUUUUCCAGCGUCUUUACAUAGAUUUUCUCGGUCCGUACCCCCGGUCUCGGAGUGGGAACAUCGGAAUAUUCAUAGUGUUGGACCAUUACUCAAAGUUUGUAUUUCUAAAGGCGGUAAAACAAUUCACGGCAGACGUGGUCAUUAAAUAUCUCCAGCAAGAUUUUUUUCAUACUUUCGGCGUACCGGAAACCAUUGUAUCCGAUAAUGGAACGCAGUUCAGGGCUGAGACUUUUCAGAAAUUGCUAAGGGAAUAUUCUGUUUCACACACUUUGACCGCUGCUUAUUCGCCCCAGUCGAACGCAUCGGAGAGGGUUAACCAAUCAGUCAUCGCAGCGAUAAGAUCUUAUGUCAGACCGGACCAGAAAGAUUGGGACGAGCAACUCAGCAGUAUUUGUUGCGCUCUACCUACAGCGGUUCAUUCGGCGUUGGGUGCUAGCCCUUAUUAUAUGGCUUUCGGCUAGAAUUUCGUCUCCUUAGGGUCAUCCUACAAACUGUUGAGAGCUUUAGGGCUGUUGGAGGACAGGUCUUUGGCGCUUUCAAAAGAGGACUCUAUGGAAAUAGUCCGGAAGAAGGCUUGCGAGGUUCUGAGGAAACAGAAUGAGAAGAAUGAGCGUCAGUAUAAUCUGCGGGCUAGAGAGGUGGCUUAUAAAGAAGGGCAAGAAAUAUUUUACAAAAACUUUAAGCAGAGUAAUUUUGCGGCAGGAUAUAGUGCCAAAUUAGGCCCAGCAUUAUUAAAAGCUAGAGUGCGCAAAAGAGUUGGAAACUCAUGCUAUGAGUUUGAGGAUCUGCAAGGCCAUCUCCUGUGAAAAUUUCAUGCAAAGGAUAUGAGACAGUAGCCAAGGCAGAUACAAGCUGUUGGUGGAAUCUGUCUUAGGAUAUCAAACCCCAAGCCAGAUUCUUGGCGGAGGGGCUUUGUAACGCUUGUGUCUGUAAAAAGAAAGGCAGAGGGGAAAGGUGCGCCAUCUAGAAGACAAGUUUCAAACUAGAAAGGGGCAUAGAGAGAUUAGAAGGAGUGCAACCGGGUAAGAUGGCAACUUUCCAUUUUGGGGGAUUGUCUCUUCGGGCAAAGGCCAGGGAGGAUUCGGCGCCAAUUUUGGCGUCUGUGCGAUCAUUCCCUCAUUGCACCUCCGCAGAUUCGGUUGAGUGGAUUGGUUUACCUAAAAGUGUCCAAGUGCUAAGUGGAAACAAAUCGGGGAACGAGGAGCGUAGGUCCAGGGGCGGAAAAGUCCAACAGGAAAGCCCACUGUUUUUGUGGCCAGUUCUGGAUCCGUGGAGGCUCGGCGAAAGGAUAAUUAUUGCCGGAACAGAGGGGAAGUCAGGCAGCCCCAAUGAGUCGGAGCGGAUCUGAAGAAUUCCGGAAGCCCACGGCGCAAAGCAGCAGGAGCAGAGUUCGCCGGAAAGAUUCCGGGUUGUGCUUAGAUUGUCAGAUAGACCCCAAAACAAAUAAACUAAGAAAGACUCAAUCGAUGGGCUUGAGUUUGACUCGCUAGGCCCACCAUCAAACCCUUUGCGCGAGCGGCAGUUUGAUCCCAACCGGGCUCGAUAGCGCAUAAUUUUUCCUCGCCGCGAGCAAAAUC